AUGACCAGAGACUGCGGACACAGUAUAGGAGAUGACCAGAGACUGCAGACCUUUGGGGAGCAGAGGGGAGGAGCGGGUACCUGAAUUUGACAGGUACCUGCUCCCACUUCCGCGGAGUUGUCCUCCCUCCCUGUCUUCUGCGACACAUGACAGGUCCCAGAAGACUGCCGGACCAUUCACAAAGCGCAGAGCUUCUUGCGCAUGCGCAGUGGGCACCCGGCUGUGAGGCUGCAAGCUGACACAGCCGGGUGCCCACACUAAAGAUGCCAGCGCCGGGGGAGAGAAGACGAUGAGGACAGCGCUGGAUCGAGGAACCGAUAG